UUCUUUUGUGUCUGCCUGUGUAUAUUGUGUUUGUUUAUCCAAACAGCAGCUUGGAUUUGGAACAACAGCACACAGAUAAUGGAUAGUGAUUAGAUGAGUUUGUCUCUUUAGCUUCUACAAAUCAAGAGUGAAUCCCAGCUGGAUUUAUUUCUUCCAUCAGUAUAGCCCUGCAAGCCUCUGUGGUAUCAAACCCAAGGCUCUGAAAUAAUCACACCCUCUGCAAAAAAACAAACAAACCAAAAGACAAAAAAAAAACCAAGCAGAAAGAGGGGUCAGGAAGUGACUUCAGACCAUCUCAACAGUCAGUUUGCAGCAGGUGUCACGUGCCAUUUCUUCCCCAAGACCUCCAUAGGACUACUUCAGCUUUACUUUUUCUAAAACAGUUUCUGAAUUUCAGAGAUGAUGGAAGGUGCAAAAUCUCUUUGGCUGUUUCUCCUGCUCAACCACCUGCCACUCUGCCCUGUCGGUGCUGACGCAGUCCUUUCAACAACUCAAAUAUAUUCACAAGACUAUUCCCAAGACCAAAGAAGCAGCCCCACACUUGCUGUGAGUACUACCCUCAGAACAAGUGAAGACAAAGACUCCAUCAAUGGCACUCGUGGUGACUGCUUGGUUGACACUGAGAUGGGUCUGAUUGCUAUAAGUUCAGCUGGAGGUCUCAUUGUGUGCUUGCUGGCUGCUACUGUGGUACUGGCAUGCCAGGUCUGCAGCCUUCAGCGCCAGGUUUAUGGCCCUCGCACCUCACGGUCCAACAUGGACUUAGUAAGCAGUACAGGCUACUGGGGCACAGACCAACCAGAGAUUGCAGGCCUGGUUGGACCAUAUGAUGCCAGUGUCAUGCUUGAGGAGGUGAAAGAAGACAAGACUGAGGAAGAGAGGCAGGCUGAAACAAAAGGAACAAUGGAGGACGAUGGGGCAGGACUCAAGGAAGGGGCAAUGGCAAUAGCGUUUGAUCCUCAGGACGAUCAAAGUCAUAUGCACAGCUCCAACUUCAAGGACUCCUGUUUGGAGAUUCCCAGGGAUUUAGAAGACAUGCCCCUUGUUGUGUAAGGAGGUAACCCUACUUCAGUAAAUCCAGUCACAUACACAACUAAUCAGUUUAGCUGAUUUAAAAUAUAUUAACUUGGCUUGUUUCAAUCACAUCCUUUCCAACAGAGAUGCACCAAUUGUUAAAUCAUGGGCAAAUAUAAAAUGAAAUAAACGAAUUAUAUUAAUGGAGAUUUUUUUAAA